UUGUACAAGUACGAUGGACAAAGUGGAACCCGUCGUAUCUUUCAUUUGCACAAAGUGCAGAGUGGUAUGUGACCCGGGUGAUGACCAGAAUGACAAAACAACCUUAUAUAACAUCUCUGUGAACACACCUUGGUUAACCACUUGCGUGUUGGCCAUCAAAAAAAAACGGACCUUCUGCUCUAGCAGUUCUUUGACGGGCAAAACCGCAACGAUGACACCUCCACGCAAUGGCGUGUUAGUGUUGUUGAGCUUAGCGGCCAGCAUCCAAGCUGCGCCAGCGUCCAUCCCAAGUGACCAAAUAUCUCUCAAUCCCCCAUCAUACAGCAUCAGCUGGGAUGGGCCUCAGGUUCCUACACAGAAACCGGAGGAAGAUCCUAUCGAGACUGCAGCACCUACCCCGACGGACCAGAUCUCUCUUGAUCCACCUUCAUAUACUGUGACCUGGGAUGGCCCGGAAGUUCCAACUACUAUCAUCACUUCCUCAACGUCUACGCAACCUGGCUACUCGGUCAACCCAAUACCAACCAAGAAGCCUCAUUGGCCAAAGCCACCUCAUUCUUGGAAGCCUUCGUCCUCAAAGACUAAACCUGCUGAAACGUCUUCAAGCACCGAAUAUGAGCCUAUACCAAGUGAUCCCAUUGAAAUCCCAGACUUUCCAGAGCCUUCCAGCAAUCCUCCUUCCAAGCCCUCUGAUUCGUUUUCCCUUGGGCCUCCAAGUGCCACAAUCUCAUGGGGAAAGCGUCAAGGUCAAUUUGAGCCUGUCCCUACUGACUGUGGAGACCCCGAAGAACCUACCCCCGAAGAGCCAACCCCAGAAGAGCCAACCCCAGAAGAGCCCGAAAAUCCUCCCACUCCGCCAGAUGAUAUUACACUCGCACCCCCCACUGCAACUGUUAGUUGGGGUAAGCGCCAAUGGCCCUACCGACCUAAGCCAACUAAACGACCACAGCCCACCAAGGGACCAAAGCCAACAACAUCUCUGGCUCCCGAGCCGUCUGAGGAACCAACGCCCGAGGAACCAACGCCCGAGGAACCAACGCCCGAAGAGCCGAUCCCUGAAGAGCCCGAAGAGCCUGAAGAACCCCCAAGUAAUCCUUCAUCACCGCCAGAUGAGGUCACGCUUGCGCCUCCAACAGCGACGAUCAGCUGGGGUAAACGCCAGAUACGCCCAACGCCGCAUACGAAACCUAAGCCAACGAAAUCUAAGCCAACGAAAUCUUCCACUAUCAAAACAUCGACUAAGCCUACCCCUACGCAAUCAGAGGAGCCAAUCCCGGAGGAACCGAUCCCGGAGGAGCCAACAAGUAGUCCUCCAUCUCCACCAGAUGAAGUCACGCUUGCACCUCCAACUGCAACGGUGACUUGGGGAAAGCGGCAAUUUGACGACAUCACGUUGGUGAAGCCUACAGCAACUGUAGGUUGGAGCAGACGCCAGGAUGAAGAAGGCCCCGGCCUUGAGCUUCCCGGAUUGCCUGAAUUACCUGAACUCCCCAUUCCAACAAACCCGGAUGAUGUGACCUUGGUUCAGCCGACUGCGACGAUGAGCUGGGGUAAACGUCAGGAUGAAGAGGACCCUGAAACCGAGCAGCCUCAACUACCGGCUCCAACGAUCUCAGAUGAUAUCACUCUAGUGCCACCCACUGCGACGGUGUCUUGGGGGAAACGUGAAGCUGAAGCCGCCCCUCAAACAAACAGCUGGGGAAUCGUAUGGCCCACCAACAUACCUCAAUUUCCGUCUAUCCCAAUUCAAACAAUACCCGGUACCGUCUCCUGGGGCAAACGUGACCCGGAACCCACUGUUGCCGCCAUUCUCGACGAUGCCCAGGACGCCCGCUUCACCUGUGGCUCUACCAUCACAACCUCCAGCAUCCAUCCCUGUCCACGCCCGUCCUGCCAAGCCCAUUGCACACUCAGCCCUGAAUUCAUCACAGCGCCCUGGCCCUCUAUCAAUACGGAGACAGGCAUACCAUCUUGUCCCCUCACUGCAACCGCAACAAACGUCUGUGCCUCUUGCGUCUGCCCCACGACCAUCGUAACGUCUCACAUCACGACUCCGCCCCCGCUACCUACCGACAAACCUCAACCGCCAUUUCCCUGUUCCACUGUCACGCUUACUGUGGCCCCGCCAUGUGUACCGCCCACGUGCCCGCAUGUCGAUGACAUUGCGUGUAAGAUCGGUAACGCGAAACCUAUCCCCGUCGAGAAGGUCACGAUUACUACGAUUACAUCUGCGGCACCGUCGGCAACGAAGCCAUUGCCUCCGGGUGGGGAGUGCUCCCCGCGUCCGACCACCACAGUUCACAUGGGCUGCCCCACAUUUACUUGUGUACCAGCCACCAAGGCUUGCCCAGUACCCACAGGUUUGUGA